AUGGCACCCCCACCCCCUGCUGAUGCUCCCUUGGGCGAGCGCCUGGCAAAGGUCGCUACAACUCUUCAAUUUGCCUGGUUCUGCGGCCACUUUACCCUCCUCCUGUCGGUCUUCCGAUAUGGCCUCUCCUACCUCACGUUCAACUACUACUCCAGAUGGGCUCAGGUUACAUAUCGCCUGGCUUUCAUCUCGGCGGUAGCCACCUACGGUAUUGUUGUCUUCAAGGCUUAUCGUGCUCGUGUGAAGCCCGGCGCCAAGAUCGGCUCGACGGCUUUUCUCUUGCUCUCAGAUGAAAAUGUGCAAUACCUGCUCAUAAGCUUGGUUUGGUUGUUCGCAAGACAGGUGCCAUUGGCUCUGCUCCCGUUCACAGUCUACUCGGUCUUCCACGUUGCGACCUACACUCGCACCAUCAUUAUUCCCACCUUUCAGCCGCCCAAAGCCACUGCAUCAAGCACACCUGCUUCACCAAGUGCUUCCAAGCCUGCUCAGUCUCCCCUCGCAAACUCUAUCGGCCGAUUUGUCAAAGAAUACUACGAUGGCUCCAUGAUGUUGGUCGCACUUCUUGAGAUUGCCCUCUGGUUCCGCUUGUUGAUGUCCGCAUUGACGUUCAGCAAGGGCUCCUGGAUCCUGCUGGGCAUCUACACCGUAUUCUUGAGGGCCAGAUACUCUCAAAGCCAGUUUGUGCAGGGAGCUUUCCUUCAGAUGGGUGCCAGAAUCGACCAGCAAGUCCAGAAUCCCAAUGUGCCUCCCGUGCUUAGACAAGUCUGGGACACCAUCAAGGGACUUCUACGUCAGACGGUCGAGGCUACCGAUAUGCGCAAGUACAUUGGAGGUCAGACACCUCAAAAGAAGCCUCAAUAG